AUCUUCUGGUGUGUCUGAUCCACCACUGGAUAUUAUGAAAAACUGUCCCUAAGAAUCUGGAAAAUUGUGGCGCUUAGUUUUGUUAUGUGGAUCUGCAGAUAUUUUAACCAGGUCCCUAUUCAGCUUCUAGUUGACUUGGGAGAUCUGAAAAGAUGCAUAAUUGCACUCAACAGCUGUGGGUACAUUUUUCAGCAUAAUUCUGGAUCCUGUUUUGAAUCCCAGAGCCCUGUUUGAAGCUGAUCCACCAUGCCAUUAGUAACAAGAAAUAUUGAGCCAAGGCACCUGUGCCGCCAGACAUUGCCCAGUGUUCGGAAUGAGCUGGAAUGUGCGACCAACAUCACCCUGUCAAAUGUCAUUCGACAGCUGGGCAGUUUGAGUAAGUUUGCAGAGGACAUAUUCGGAGAGCUAUUUACUCAAGCAACCACAGUUUCCUUUCGAGUCAGCUCUUUAGUUGAGAGAGUUGAUUGCCUUCAGGUGAAAGUUACUCAGUUGGAUCCCAAGGAGGAAGAAGUGUCAUUGCAAGGUAUUAACACCAGGAAAGCCUUUAAGAGCUCCACGACUCAGGACCAAAAGCUCUUUGAGAGAGAGUCUGCCCCUCUGCCUGUCCUUGAAACAUACAAAACCUGUAAUAAACCACCACCUCUUAACAUUCUAUCUUCAUACAGGGAUGAUGGCAAGGAAGCACUUAAAUUCUACACAGAUCCAUCAUAUUUCUUUGAUCUUUGGAAGGAGAAAAUGCUGCAGGAUACCAAGGAUAUUAUGAAAGAGAGACGGAAGCAUAGGAAAGAAAAGAAGGAUAAUCCUAAUAGAGGAAAUGUAAAUCCUCGGAAGAUAAAAAGCCGAAAAGAAGAAUGGGAAAAAAUGAAAAUGGGUCAAGAGUUUGUUGAUACAAGGGAAAAACAUGGACUAGGAGGGUACCCUCCUAACAUGGUGUAUCAGAAUGGUAGCAUUGGCUCCAAUGAGAGCGUUGAUGCUACCUACUAUCCACCUCCUCCACAGCCAGAAUCAGCUUCACCGUCACCUCCUCCAAUAUUCGAUGAUAGUCUUCCGCCACCACCAGCAGAAUUUAGUUAUCCACCUAGCCAGGGUGUUUCUGGAGGGCUGAAGAAAUCCAUCCUCGUCAGCCCCAGCCAUCCUCCACCAGAUCCUCCUAUUAGUUCACCCCUGGGAACCAGACCUGGCUUUGCCCCACCUCCUGCUCCACCCCCGCCACCACCGAUGGAGGGAGUUCCUCCACCACCUCCACUUGCCAGCUUUCCAACUCCUGGCAUUCCUCCUCCUCCAUCUCCACCCUCCUUUCCUCCUCACCCAGAUUUUGCUGCCCCUCCACCCCCUCCACCUCCAGCAGCAGAAUAUGCCGUUGUGCCAUCUCCCCUGCUACCACAGCCCACAAGUGGGGUGCCACCCCCUCCCCCUCCUCCCCCUCCUCCUGGCCCACCUCCUUUAUCUUUUGGUGGCAUGGGUGUUCCAGAGGCUUCUAUUCAACAACCCGAUUUGGUGCCCUCCAAGCCAAAAUCCUCAUUGCCUGCUGUUAGCGAAGCUAGGAGUGACUUACUUUCUGCUAUUCGUCAAGGAUUCCAGCUCCGUAAAGUUGAAGAACAGCGUGAACAAGAGAAGCGAGACGUUGGGGGCAAUGAUGUGGCAACCAUUCUCUCACGCCGCAUUGCGGUAGAAUACAGCGAUUCAGAGGAUGAUUCAUCAGAGUUUGAUGAAGACGAGUGGUCUGAUUAAGCCCCUGCACACCCCCAAUAUGGGGACAGAGGCGGAUAAGAUGGAGAGAAAACGGCCAUCGCUUCCCAGAAUGCCAAACUUUUUUUUUUUUUUGCUUUCCUCUUUUCAUCCAAUAACCAAAGAUCGAUCUUCCCGACUUCCAAAUAACUGCCUUCCCUCCCAGUUGAUGGGACUUAUACAUCCUUCCAAGAAAGAAGGAAA